GUUCCCUUUUUCAGGGCUGAGGGAGCAUGAGCCAUUUGCAGAACUUACUGUUAGAUACACUCCUGGGAACAAAGCAUGUAGACAGUGCAGCCCUCAUCAAACUCCAGGAGCAGAGCCUAUGUGUAGCAUCACGUGGAUUUAAUGUAAUGCCCAGUGAUGUCCGAACACUUGUGAAUGGAUUUGCCAAGAACCCGUUGAAAACCAGAAGAGAAGGAUUGUAUUUCAAGGAGAAAGACUACAAAUGUGUCCGGGCAGAUGACUAUUCUCUUUAUGCUAAGAGUGAAAACACUGGUGUGGUUGUUGUGAAGACCCAUCUGUAUCUUCUGGUGGCAACUUACACGGAGGGCAUGUAUCCUAGUGUCUGUGUGGAAGCCACAGAGAAAUUGGGAGAAUAUCUAAGAAGAAAAGGAAAUUAAGUCAUCAGAGGACUAUGAAAGACAGCUUUUAUGAUUUUAGAAGAAAACUAUAGAUCCUAAAGAAAAAGCAAUGCCUUAUAUUGUGGUUGAAAAAUACUAGGCAGAAGAUACUGAAAAGGAAGAAUGAGUUAAGGAAGCAAUUUUUCUUAUUUCAAGAGAUCCUCUUCUU